CGGGCACUGCUCGCAGCGACCAGGACCUGCUCCUCCGGCUGUCCGUCCCCUGGACUGUCUGGGUCUCUGCCGGUGUCCGCCUUCCCAGUCGGGCCGUCGAUUUCUUUCUGCCGCUUCUCCCGGUUUGUCCUCGGAGCGGUUCUGACAGACGACCACAGAGGGGCGCUGCAAGGGUUCUCACCGGGCCAAGAAGGUUCUGUGGAGAAUCUGGCUCUGCCGGUGUGAUGCGGGUCUCGCGGAUCUCGGCCCGUCUGUUCCUCAGCGACCUGGACUCGGCUCUGGACCCGAGCGUGCUCGCCCGCAGGGGCGUCACGCUCGUCAUCAACGCCAGCGGACUGCAGAACCUGUCCUACCCGGCGCUGGAGGGCCUGCAGCUCCUCCACGUCCCGGUCCAGGACCGGCCCCACGCCCCUCUCAAGGACCACUUUGACCAGGUGGCAGAGCGGAUCCAACAGAACCGGACAGGCAGCACGCUGGUGCACUGCACAGCUGGGCGGAGCCGCUCCCCGACUCUGGUCAUGGCCUAUCUGAUGAGAUGCGAAGGCCUCAGCCUCUGUCAGGCACACGAGCAGGUUCUGGAGCAGCGGCCGUUUAUCCGACCCAACUGCGGGUUCUGGAGGCAGUUGAUGGAGUACGAGCUGGUGCUGUUCGGCAGGAGCUCACUGAGAAUGGCUGACACGGCCUGUGGGGUUCUGCCAGAGGUUCUGCAGGACCCGGGGGACCCAGGCUCCUCUGCAGCGUACUCUAUCGUCAUGUGAGGUCCUGCUGGGUUCUCACCGACCCGACAGAACCGCUAACUGACAAGAACCGCAUCUUCAGAGUAAAAACUAUGACUGCAGUGUUUUGUGUAAAUGUGACAGACCCCCCCCCCCCAGCAGGGUCAACAGGGAGGUCACCUGACACCCCUCCACCUACAGGGAUUCAUUUCAAAAUUAAAGCUUUUGACAUCGUC